UUUUUCCUGUGAACAUGUUGUUGUGUUCAGCAAAGGGGAAACGAAAAUGGGGCUUGUGUGACAGAAUCAUUGUAACAAUCAGGUUGCAUGGCUUAAAUUUUUGUCCUGGGUUCAAUCUCUGACAGCUCUUUGGGACUCUCACAACAUGUGGCACCUCUUGCACCAUUGAGCACAGGUCUGAUGGGCACAGACUUCCUGGACAGCCUGGAACACCAGCGGUCUUGCCUCUCAUGGGCAGAGCUGCCCCUGGUCCUUCAGAGCUCACUCCUCAGUUCUCUCCCUGCAGCUUCAGGAAAGCUCAGCUGUUGCCUUAGUUUGCAAAUAGACUGGGCCAACUCUAUGACAUUAAAGUGACUGUCAUCUCUUCUUUGCAGGACCUGAAGCAAAGCAUAUUCCAGUAUGCUUAAGCUGUGUGGACUUCAAUUUCUACUUGUCAUUCACUCGGCUAUGUGCCUUAAUCUGGGGGACCUGCAUGUAACUGGGCCUCUGAAGGACAUGAAUUUCUCUAUUCCAGAAGGAGGGGGUGUGCGCAUCCUUUACCAGUUCACAUCUGAGCCACCUGCUGUGAAAUUCAGGUUGUCUGGUGAUACAGAUGGAAUAAUAGGCAUUGCGCCGGAGAACGGCAUCCUGUAUCUCAAUGGGUCUCUGGAUUGGGAGACCAAACCCGUGCACUGGCUGCAGGUGGAAAGUCUGGAUGCAAAUGGAAAUGUAGUGGAAGGUCCAUAUGCUGUUACAAUAUAUGUGGAGGACAUCAAUGACAACCCACCAGAAUUCGACCAGAUAACAUAUUCUGGAGUAGUGAGGCAGAACUCUCGUCCAGGCAAGCCUUUCAUGUAUGUCCAUGCCACUGACCGCGAUAAUCCUGCAACUCCCCAUGCACAGCUGACGUACAGCAUUCUCCAUCAUUUUCCCAACCCUUAUAAAGAAAUGCUUUUCCAGAUCGAUAAUGUAACAGGAGCCAUCUCACCGAGUAGGACGGGCUCUUAUUACUUAGAUCCUCAAAAGCAGGACACCUUCACACUUGUUGUUUCCGUGAAGGACAUGGCAGGAAUGUCAACAAAUGCUUUCACCAGCAGUGCCGAUGUGAUCAUCCAUGUGAAGGAGAGCCUGUGGAAAGCUCCCCCCACCAUCCGCAUCCAAGAAAACUCAACCCAGGUCCAUCCUGUCAACAUCAGCCAGGUGCAGUCAAAUGAGCCAAAUGUAACUUAUGACAUUUUUGAAAAAGAAGAGGUGUCCAGGCUCCCAUUUUCCAUCAGUCAGGAUGGGGUUAUUUAUGUGACCAAGCCAUUGGACAGGGAAGAAAAGGAUACUUAUACGUUCUUUGUGAUCACAAAAGAUAACCAGGGAGAAUUGGUGGACAAGCCUUUGCAAAUUCAUGUUAUUGUGGAAGACAUUAAUGACAAUCCCCCUGUGUGCAAGCAGGCCCUCACUGUAAUUGAAGUUCAAGAAAAUGAAGUUGGAGGAAGCAAUAUUGGCACCCUGUUUGCUACAGACAUGGAUGAGGAGAACACCCUUAACUCUCGCCUGCGGUUCAAAAUCAAAAGUCAGGUUCCUGAAGUUCCCACGAGCAAUUUGUUCUAUACUCAGCAAGAAACCGGGAUUUUGCAGUUAACUGGCCGUUCCUUAAGCAAGCUCUAUGCAUCCAACUAUUCGUUGGAGGUGCUGGUGACAGAUGGAGCAUUUGAAACAAUCUGUGACGUGGAAGUACAUGUCAUUGACAUCAAUGAUCAAAUUCCCAUCUUUGAAAAAUCAGAUUAUCACAAUGUGACCAUUGCAGAAAGUGUCCCAGUAGGAACUGUGAUAUUAGAAAUUCAAGCUCACGAUGGAGAUGAGCCUGCCACAGGGAGCUCCCUCAUCAUCUACCAAGUGAAGGAAGGAGAUCCAAACAACACGUUCAUCAUAGACACUGAUGCUAAAACAAACCGAGGGUUCAUCAAGAUUAACAAGGCUCUUGAUUUUGAAACAAAGCCAGUGUACAACCUGGUGAUCAAUGCCACAAACCCCGAACCGCUGGUGCCAGGAGUGCAGUACAACUCAAGUUCCCUUACCUUGUUUAAAGUUUUCUUAACAAAUGUGGAUGAGCCACCUGUUUUCCUCAAACCAGUUUACAAAGAAGAAGUGUCUGAAGACAUUCCUGUCAAUACCCUGGUCAUGACUGUGGAGGCCUAUGAUCCUGAGGGGGAUUCUGUACGAUACUCCUUAGAAGGUGAUGUGAAGAAAUGGCUGAGAAUUAAUCCAACCACUGGGCAGGUAUACACUGCUUCCCGUUUGGAUCGAGAAGAAACAGAAACGUACACAAUAGAUGUUGUUGCAACAGAGCUGAAUAAUGCAGCUCAGAAAUCCAGAACAUCCUUGAUUCUCCACUUACAGGAUGUGAAUGACAACCUUCCAUAUUUAGUUAAGGAUAAUCCUGCUUUCUUCUGCUACCCGGUCAGGGGAGGAGAGAGAACUCUGAUUCAGGCUACUGAUGCUGAUGAACAGUGGUUUUAUUCAAAAUUUACGUUUUCCCUUGCGGAUGAUAUUAAUACAAGAAAUAAUUGGGAAAUCUCAAAAGUCAAUGCUACUCAUGCUUACCUCUCUCCAAAACAUCCUAACUUUGAAGAGAAGAUUUAUAACGUUCCAAUAAUACUUAAUGACAAUGGAAAGCCAGCUUUGGAAAACAAGGUGCAUCUUAAAGUAAACAUAUGCAAGUGUUCAAGUGAAAACUCGUGCUUUAUUGAAGUAGAACGUGAGCACUCCUGGCCAACCGCUGGGCAGGCAAUUGGGAUUCUAAUUGCAGUCCUGCUCAUCAUUGGUGCCAUUUUAGGGGGCGCAUUUUUCCACAUGAAAUACAAACAGAAAAAUGAAAAGAGCCAUCACAAAGAUGCAACAGAUAGUGCUGAACUCAACAGACUGACUUAAAGACUGUUUCGUCAAGUGACAAAAUGUGGCAAAAAUGCCCUUUGGGUUGUGAGUAAGUGAACUUUGCAGCUCCCAAAGCCCAGAAGUCUACGAUCACAAACUGAGGAUAAAAACAUGUUAAAGCAGACUCCCAGGGGUUUGGCCUCACUUUUGUAUGUCAUACUAUUCAGUCACAAAACAAAACACAUACACAGUCUUCAGCAGCAGCCACUAUAAACAUAUCAGCUUUGACUGAAGUGUUAACUCAUGACAACACCAAAUGCUGAGCUCCUGCAAGGGUCAAAACAUGGGACAAUCCUUCUUUGUUUGACAGCUGAAGUAAAUAUGGACUUUACAGAGGACUACAUUUUAUUGACCUGCACGUACUUGUCUCUUUCCAUCUCAGUAAGUCACUGAAUAGCAGAUAAGGGAAUAAAGUCCUGCACUGCCUUUGAAGAUGUCCCAUGAAACGAUAGGAAUCUCUCUAACUCUCAGCAACGGAGGUCCUAAAUAUAUUGCAAUAUGUAAUCUGUCCUGGGCCAUGCCUGCUUACAUUAUGCUGAAUUUGUACUAACUAUGUGACAUUUCAGUUUUUCAUUUUUGAUACCCACAGAGUAGAACCAGUUUGUAAAGCGCCAUGGCCUUUCAUUACAGUUUCCAAGUUAAAAAAACAAACCAUGCCAAGUCAUGUAGACUUGGGUAAUAUGCUGUUGUAUCAGACUGCUGCAAAUAUUGCUCUUGCCCCCUACACAUUAGACAAGAAUAAAAAUGUUCUUUAAAGGUUUUAGUGCCUGCUUAUUUUAUAAAAUGAAUUAAAAAAAAAGACAGUGUACCUGACAGCAAACCAUUGCUGCUUGGUUAUCUAUUGUAUUUAACCCUCAUUUUCAUGUAAUACAGAUUAAAAAUGGCUCUUAGGCGAGUGAUGUGUCCAACUGAUUGAAGAUGCAAUGAUUGCUGUAAGCAUUUCUAUCUUAGUUACAGUAAAAUGUACUUGAGCACAGGAUGACACUCAGGAAAGGAAAGCCUUUCUCCUGACAGCAUGCCUAUAGAAGGGCAUUUU